CCUGCCCUGCAAGGACGAGCGGCGGCGGCUGGGAGCAUCCCUCGCCCCUUCCCGAGGACGGGGGACAAGCGCGCGGCCGCGCAGAAUUCCGGCCUUCCAGGAAAGAGCGGCGGGGAGCUCGCACGGACUCCCGCUGCCCGAGUUUCUUUUUCGCACUCACAGUUUGCCCAGAAGCGCGGAGAGAACCGAGAAACCAACUCGAGGGCGCCCCCCCACGACUAGCGAACUCUGUGCCCUCGAGGCAGGGAGAUGGGCAUCAGAGCUGCCCCGGGCAUCCUGGCUCUGGUGGCGCUUUCGGCGCUCGGGCGCCUCGCCGGGGCGGGUUGCGCGGAAGACGGGCGCUGCUGUCCCGGCCGGGAUCCGACCUGCGCCACCACCGGCUGGCGCCUCGACAGAACCUACGGGGCCUGCUUCUGCGACGAGGCGUGCGAGCAGACCGGCGACUGCUGCUAUGACUACGCCCAGGCGUGCCCAGCCCUUUCAUGUAUUGUUGGGGAAUGGAGUCACUGGAGUGGCUGUGCAGAGCAAUGUAAACCUACCUUCCGGAUGCGUACACGUAUCAUACAACAAGAGCCAAAAAAUGGUGGGGAGCCUUGUCCUCCAUUGGAAGAAAAAGCUGGUUGCCUGGAAUAUACAACUCACGAAGGGCAGGAUUGUGGAGAUGUUCCUGCUUUCAUAACUACUUCUGAAUAUAGUAAGGAGAGAAAAAAGACAGUUGUAAACCCAAGGUGGUCUUCAGAAACAGAAGAUUCUAGGAGUUACUGUGUGGAAUUUAAAACAGAAUCACUGUCUCCUUACUGCUCUAUGGAAACUCGUCCAUAUGCUCGAUGGAUGCAGUACCUUCGAGCAGGCUACACUGUAUGUGUAAUCUGCCAAGAGCCAGCAAUGCACAGAGGUAGCUUUCGUUGUACUGGAGAUGGAACUGACGCUGAUAGGAAUACAGUUCUCCACUGGCAAGCAGUUGGAAACCCAUCCUGCUAUGGAACUUGGAAGAAAAUUCAGCAAGUGGAAGAAUGUUCAUGUCCUCUUGUACAUAGUUUUAUUUUUACAUAGCAGAAUGAAUAUAUACUUUAAUAUAUUUACCUGAAGCAUGGAAUCUACCACUGGACUUACAUAAAUUUUAGGCAUUAAUUAAACAUAUGAGAAAUAAAUUUUUGACAUUAUACUCAGUCUUUCUUAUGAGUGAAUAAAGUUAAUUGAGCUAUAUAAAUUA